AUGCAGACCAUGGAAGCAACCGAGCGACCCAGCCCCAUCAAGGGGCCUGUGUUCUGGACUCCGCCAUCCGAAGUAGAUGCUUGGAACAUCGCCUUGCCCGGUGACGAUCUCUUCAACGCAGACGCGACACAGGAGCCGUCCACUCUGCCGAAUCAAGGGUAUAUUCCAAAGUACCACGACGAUAUCAAGUGCAUUGAUUCUCCGCGUGUGUACGUAUCCUGCUCACCAAGUGCCGGUAAACCAGGGCCACAGAGUCGCCGAGUAAUACUCGACGACUUACCGAGUGACGUUACCACACCCCAGGUUCUCCGGAGCAUCAGAUGUUUUGGAGGGGUCAUUUCCGCAGUCCUGACCAACAGUCUGAAGAAAGCAAACCCUAGAACAAAGACGGCAAUCAUUGAGUUUGUUUACCCCGAGGCAGCCGCGGACGUCGUUUCUCACUUUCACAGUAAAAAGACGGUGUUUCUCGACAGCAAGGGUGGUGAACAUCAACCAGAGGUAUACAUGAUUCCCACACCAUCUUACUUUCAUACCGAGGCGAACCACUGUCUGCUCGACAGAGGCUGCACCCGUGCCCUGUUCAUACCCAGCUUCCCAGAAGAAGCUAUUUGGUGCCUGCUCUGCACCAUUGGAACAAAACACGUCAACAUUGUCCAACUAUCAGAGGGUCACCUAACCAUAGAACUUACAUCGCUAUUUGCAGCGGACAGGGCCGAAAAACAAAUCAGGUCCGGGGACGCCGCCUUGGGGUACGACGCAACCGAGCAGGGCAUGUGCUACAUUCCCGAUUCUUCGCAGGGCGUGAUGCAGGACAACUACGACUCCCACAACGGAUUCAUCGCAUUCGCCGACGCGGAUAUCUUGCAGACAACAUGGGAUCGGGAGCCGUACAACAGAUGCCGCACGCAACCCCUCCAUGGCACUCCCACCGCCAAGGACGCCAUCGGGCACCCCCCGAAACCUACGCACGAGGAAAUCCUCGCCGAGUACUUCUCCGUUGACCCCUCCGAGAUAUGGAGCUACCUCGAAGACCGCAGGUCGUUCCAGGACACCACGUACAACAUCGUCGGGAGCACCAUUAAACUCACCCGUCACAAGUGGAGUUGGAGCAUCAGCGCCGAAGACGACCUUAAACUCCUAAUGGCGAAUACCCUGCACGACCCGGACUGGGCAACUGAAUGGGACGAGUACUUCAAAGCCAGGGGCAUGGUCAAUUUGCGAACGUGGGAGGAAUACGGCCUGUUGGCGAAGCACCGACGAGAGCGUGCUGCCGAGCAGGGCUUGGCCAAAGGCACGGUACCAAUCUGUGAUGAGUGCUCUUGGGGUUGCGGGCAUUUGAAGAACGUGCCCGUUUCGAGGCUUAUUCGGGAUUAUUCUGUCUGUAAAGGCGUGAAUUCUGAAGGGAAGUGA